UCCUUGCCUUCGUCUUUUUCAUCGCUAUGAUCUUCCUCUUAUCUUCCGAGGUGCUAACUUUCCGACUCACUUGGGUUCUAUCAGGAAGGGGAUUGAAUCUCACAGAGUAUCUCAGCUGCACCCAGAAAACUAUCUUAGAAGAUAAUCUGCAGAGCAGGGGACUUAAUCUACUGAGGUUAAGUAUCUUUGAAACCACUCCAAGGACCUCCUCUCCUUUGAGUUGUAGUUUCAUUUAAGUUGCCAAAAACUCCUGCAGUAACUUUGAUACCUCGCCAGCUACAUGUUCCAAUGGAUCUUUUUUUGCUUCACAGUUUCUUAGGUUCCAUUUAAUUUGGUAUUUAUUUUGGUGUGAUAUAUUUCUCUUAGGGUGUGUCAAAUGGUAAAGCUGCAAGUAAACCAUCUAUUGAUAAUAAUAAAAAUGAGCUUUCUAACCCUAAACCCUCUAAUAUCUGAGUAUGUUGUUGAAUCUAUUGGGUGUUUUGUUGAGGUUAAUUUUAGGGUACAGCAAUGGAUUGAAACAUCUGAGCAUGUUGUUGAAUGUUUUGAGUGUUUUGAGACUGAUGGAGAGAGAAAAACAGAGGAAAAUAGUAUCUGAAUAGAGUUUUUUUCUUUCAAUUACUUAUAAGAUUUCUUCAUAUAAAGCCCUUUGUUUAAUAUCAGUUUCUAUUGAGCUCCCUUAGUUUUUGGUGGAUGUUGGUGUGUAAGUGUGUGUUCUUCCUGUUAUUCACACUGAACCCAUUUUUCUGGAAGGCCAUAACGGUAUAAAGUAGGUAUAAAUUAGGUCAAAAUGCUUCUGUAGAGGACUGUUCUGUAUGUAUGGAAUUUUGAUCUUUGUGGAAAUAUGAAUGGUAUGUUAGAAAGUGAAUUCAUAUAGACCGCAUAGUUGGAAUUUUGAGUUCUUAGGUUUAUUUUUGUGCAAAGUCUUCUGUUAGAAGAUUCAUUGAAGAGCCAUUUCUUUCCUUUUUCAGUCCCUCUUCUGUCACUUGAAAGGCUAAAGUACCUGCAAAGACAUGAAUUCUUGCAGGAAUUAUAGCUCAUGAGAGCAAUACUUUUUUUUAUAUAAAUCUAUUUAAAGGAUGAGACAUAGAAGGAUCUUUGAAAAUUAUGGUCUGGAAUGGAUAUUUUGCAGACCAAAGUUUGAGAGGUCUGUCAUUGGGAAUGCAUAAUUGUAUCCGAAAGCUUCCCGUGAUGAACUUUAGGUCAAACUCAUAAAGAGAGAACAUUUAAAUUCGUAAAGAAGGGGUAGUGUUCAAGCUAUUUCCCAAGUUAUUAUUUCAAAUCUUUGCCCUUCCAAGUUUUAAAGGUUUAAAUUGUUUGUUAGGGUUUCUCAAUUUGGGUGUUUGAUUUACGAAUUUUAAUUCUUCUCUCUUUCUAAGUUUGAAAACUACCUUCAUUAUCUGGUUGGAGUUGUUGAUACAACCAGAACCAGAUUUUAAAUUCAGUUGGGAUUGUUGGGAGAUAAGAAUGGGAGAUUUUUUUGGCUGGCUCUUUGUCAGUUGGGAUUUGUUUUUGUUUUCUUUUCUUAAUGCUUCUUAAUUCCUGUUUUGCUUUAGCAAAGUGUUCAGCUCGCAUGAAUUUGAUCUUUCGGUUAAUAGAGCUUAGAAAUUAGCUUACGGCACCAUAUGAAAAUGGGUUUAAUUUUCUUUAGGUUUAUAGUGAAGAAGUCGAUCGUUUAAAAGGGUUUUUCUUCAAGAACAAACAUAUAGUGUAAUUUAAGAUAAACAAAAAGAAACUAAACUAUUUUUAUAUCACCAAAAAUUUCAGUGUCUCUGAUACCUAAUCAGACCAAAGUGAGUCAAAUUAAAGUUAGUAACCAACUGAACUUACUACAAGUGAAAUGUGUCUGAACAAUGAGUUGAGGCAAACACCAGAGGAGCCACAAUAAGUUAUUAAUUGUUCUUCAAAACAAGAAAACAAACUAAAGAAACACAUAAUUUCAAAAGUUCAGAGUGAAUUGUGUCCUGUUCGCGUUUUUUUUAAAAAAAGAAAAACUCCACAAUCAGUUUUGCCCUUGCAUGGCCCUCUGAAAUUUGGAACUGUUCAGUUAAACCCAGAUGUGCCAUAAGAAGUCAGACAUGGGUGAGCAGCUCUCCUCCUCGCCUGAGCUGCUGAGCCUGACCACUCCAUCGACAUUGAUUGGCGGCAUAAGGGAGCAUCUCCACCCACACAUGACUUACAAACUGCCACUUUCUCCCAUUAGUCCCCCCUCUAUCUGACUCCAGGGACUGCAAGGCUUUAGCAAGCCUGCAUGCAUCAAAUAGAACUGACUUGCUUCUAUCUCCUUUCACUUUAGAUGGAAGGAUGUCUGUGCACACAUCCAGUAGCUUUGUGCAUGCUUUCCUUUCACCCAAUUUCAUUAUUUUCUUUUCCUUGAAAAAUUCUUCAGCCUCAGCACAUGUGUCUCUAAACCUUAUCUGUCCAAUCCCAUUCAGUAGCAUGAAGGGGCACAUGACUAAUAGUUCAAUAACAGCUUACUGUCUUCACAAUUUUCACUAGGAACCGAGUUCGAGUUUCGAUUCACAUCAGAAUAAUAACAUAGAUCGGUUUGUGCAUUUGGUAUUUGUUUUUGUGUGAUAUUUUUCUCUUAGGGCGUGUCAAAUGGUAAAGCUGUUGAUUUGUUGGAAUUUAGGGUUUAUGAUUUGUUGAUUAAAUUUUGUGAUGGACCUCUUUUCCUCUCUCUGUUUGUGCAUUUGUCUUAAUUAAAUUUGUUUCUUAAAAAAAAAAUAAAAUGGUCUGUUUGAUUAAUUGAUAUGACAGUUUGCUUUGAUUAAUUCAUGUGUAUGACAGAAAAGGUUGGGAGCUGCUUUUGGAGCCUCAUUUAUUUGGCCUGCGAGCUUGAUUUACUUCUCCAGGUCAAGAUCUCCAUCAAAGAAAAGAAAAGUCAUGAAGAAAUUGCAAAACAAAACCUGCCCAAUUAAACAGCAUGCUACUCAAAACUAUCCAAAUUUUGCUAUUUUGAUAACUGCUUCCCGCUAUUAACAUCUCAAUGUAUAUACAAACAUGCCUACUAUUUUAACAUAACAAGCAGCCUGUAAAAUAUGUUAUUACUUUCUUUUUUGCAACUUAUACUUCCUUAGUUAAGCAUAAUGCUACAAAUUAAAUCUCAUUGUAUAUAUAAACAAUCUUAUUUUGUCUACGUAAUUUCAAAACCCGCAGCAUCAUGCGGGCUUUUUUGCUAGUCCUAAUGAAGAGAGGAAAACAUUUAAUUUAAUUAUUUAAAAUAUCUAAAACUUAGCCCUUUUUGACUAGGAUUGAUGCUCCUGCAUCACUAUAGAAUUGGUCUUCACUGGUUUUUAUUGUGUUAUAGGUUUUUUAACAUUCUCUUCUUAACAAUCUCCAAAAUCAACAAAUGCUGACACCAUUCAAAUAAGUGAAAUAAAAGAAGGUGAUGUGAGUUAUAAGCCUUGACAAUCUGGGAGAAAUCUACUGUGCUCUGCUCAUUAUCCUAAGCACUUGCUUCAUUUUAAUUUUUGUUCAUUUCAUUAUGAUGCUUUGAUGUCCAUAUCUUGUGUGGUGGUUCUGACAGAGAAUGGAAAGAACAGAGACUAUAGAUAAUUUCAAAGUUGGAUCUCUGCCGACUUUAAUUUACAUUCCUGACUUCAUUACGGAUAAUGAACAAACCAUGCUUCUAAAUAAGAUAUAUGAAGCCCCUGUAUCGAAGUGGAAAUCUUUAAAGAAUAGGAGGCUACAAAACUGGGGCGGUACUGUCCAUGAAAAGGGUCUUCUACCACAGGAUUUGCCCUCAUGGCUAACCAAGAUGACAUACAAGAUAUAUGAAGAAUCAGGGCUUUUUCCAUUGCCAAUUAAUCAUGUCCUUAUCAAUGAAUACCUUCCUAACCAAGGCAUAAUGGCACACCAGGAUGGGCCUGCUUAUUAUCCAGUUGUAGCGAUCUUGUCCCUCAGGUCACCUGUUGUUAUGGACUUUACUCCCCAUUCAAGACUGACAUUGUGUAAAAGCACAUGCACAAAUGAUGUUGAGGAUACAAAUUCUGAUAGGGGAGUUAUUAAGAUUGAUACAGAUAAGUCAAUGGAUGAACACCAUCCUUUUCCUGUCAUAUUAAUGCCGCGCAGCUUGAUGAUAUUCAAAGAUAAAGCAUACUCGGAUUACUUGCAUGCUAUCAAAGACAGUGAGGUACAAUGUUAUGAUGGGGCUGUAAACGAAGUAGAAGCUCUACAUGGGCAAGUUAUGAAUCAUGCUUCGUCACAAUUGGAUGGCGCUGUUGAUGUAAUGAAAACUGGGGACCUCAAGAGUAUUCAUAGAACUACCCCUAGAAUUUCAUUGACAUGUCGAUUAGUUCCGAAAGUUCAUAAAAAUGUGUUCAGGUUUUAGUCUGUGUCAAGUCUAAUCUAUCUGGAGGUUUUUCACCUGUAAGAGCUUCAGACGAUGACCUAAUUUGAUGCGGGUGGUAUUCACAGAGAUGUGAGAUGUAUUAUGGAUGAUUUAACAAACUUUGCCAUACUACAUAAAAAUAGAGCGAAUUCAUUUCUUUCACCAAUGAUCAA